ACUGUGUCUGCCCCCUCAUAACAAUACAGCUCUCGACGUCGUGACGGCCGCGCAAAAAGUACCACCGUUUCGGACGCCUGUAUUUUCUUCCUCUUUGUGUUCAGACUCUUUGUGAGCGGACAUGGCAUCAUCUUCAGUUCCACAACGCAAGCCACGACACCCCAUUGUCCCGGAGAUCCCUGGUUACAGACAUGCGGAAUUUAACAUUCCAGUCGUUCAGAAACACCCACCAUGUGACAUCCCAAGAGCAAGAAAAUUCCCGGAAUUGUCCAUAAAAGGCCUCCCCAGCCUGUUUACUGAGAGAGACUGUCGUGACGCCAUCAUCAGCUACGUCAACAGCACCUGCUGUUUCGGCUUGGAGCCGGCCAGAGAGAUGGACAUCACUGCUCUGUACCCUAAACAUGUACACUACUAUAGUCUUACCACUUUCGGCGAGACCAGAUCGACUUGCCUGCGGUUUGUGCCCCACAAGGACAGACGGCCUGUGGACGGGACAAACCAGGGGGAACCCCCCUCCCCAUGGGAGAUUCUCUGUAGCCCCAAAUACCUGAACACAAGGCACGAGCUGAGGAAUGUGGUGCCACAUACCACUAGAGUACAGGCGUGUGACGUGUGUGCAGCCCGGGGGUCCGUGCCGUGCUCCGUGUGUGAGGGGUCGGGCUAUAGGCGUUGCAAGAGCUGCGGAGGGCUCGGGGUGACGUUGAAGGAACUAGAAUAUGGCGAGGAGGAGGAGAUGGCUGAAACGGCGUGCGAGUCGUGUGGGAGCAAGUGUAUACUGAGAUGCAAGGUGUGCUACGGGAGUGGUCAAGAAACGUGCCGCACAUGCAGGGGUCACAGAGCGGUCAGAACAUUUGUGGAACUAAGAGUCAAUUAUCGGUGCGAGCGUGACUCCUUCAUGGACAACCCCACCCCGAUCUCUGACGACGACAUAUAUCUCAUGGAAGGCUCUGAGGUCUUCGUCCAGGAAGACUACCCGGUCGCCCCAAUCACGACGUACUCCGUGGAAGCUAUGAACAAUGCGUCCAUGUCGCUGGUUAACAAACACAACAACGCCUUUCCUGGUGGGAAAAUACUCAAACAGGUCCAGAGCAUGUGGGUGAUACCGGUGACAGAAGUCCAUUACACGUGGCGGGAACUGCCCUACCGGUUGUGGGUGUACGGUAACUCCCGCAGCGUGUACGCCCCUGACUACCCACAGCAGUGCUGCAUGGGGUGCAAGUUGAUGUAGUGGUCCCUGUUAGAGGCGUGGGGGGAGGUCAAGUAACGGGAUAUUCAGCCGCGAAUGAGUGUUGAGCUGGAGAUUCUUUGUUGACCGAAGCGUCGUAAAAUACCAGCAGAGUCACGCUUUUGGGCCUGUUUGCUUUAUUUAUCAUCACUGUGUAACAACAGGUGGACGAAUACAUGUGUUCCCUUUAUCUAAAUCAACAGAUCUACAGUAUGAUAGUUGGAUGUUUGAACGAAUGAACCUAAAAUGAUUUCGCCACUUUUAGUUGAUGCAUUUUCAGCAUUUUGUCAAUAAAAGUUGUUAUUUAAUA